AUGAAGAACACUGUCAAGUUACUCUUUCAAAAGAUAUAUCAACCAGUUGGAUUUUCCAAAGGAUAUAACUUCAUUAUAUUUUUUGUCCUUGCUGGAGCAUUCAUGGGAUUCACCCUGGCACGAUUUCAAUACCUUAAUAUUACAGGUAAUUUUUGCAAAAAAGGAAAUGCUGCUCCGGGCGAGUGCUUCUAUUACCUCAAGCAAACUCGAUACCAUGUUGGCAUAAUUCUUCACCUUGGAUGCAUUUUGCCUGCUUCAUUCCUGGCCUGCUUCCAAUUCGUACCUAUAAUUCGGCGCAAGUUUAUUCUGUGGCACCGGAUUUCUGGGUAUUUGAUCAUGCUCCUGGUGCUUAUUUCCAAUGUUGGUGCUCUUGUCAUAGCACGGCGGACAUUUGGCGGCACAUUGGAUAUACAGGCGGGCGUAGGGGCCCUUGUACUGAUGACUACCGUUGGAAUUGGGUUUGCAUAUUAUAACGUCAAAAAGCUCCAAAUUGAUCAGCACCGAGCGUGGAUGAUCAGGUCAUUCGUAUAUAUGGGAGCCAUUAUCACGAACAGGUUCAUAUUCGCAACUGCUGCGACAAUAAUAACCGCGAUUGGUGGGUAUAAUGCAGUUUGGCCCUGUGAUAAACUUGAUUAUACCCUUGGCUAUAACGAGACCUUAAGCAAGUAUCCGAGCUGUUCCGCCUUUUAUGACGGAUCAAAACCCCAACAACAGGCACUUGUCGUUGCGGACUUCAAAGGUGGAGAUGAGAAUGUGUCAGCAGCUAUAGGCCUCAAUUUUGGAAUGGCAAUGUGGAUUGCUAUCUUUAUACAUGCCAUCGGCGUGGAGAUAUAUCUGCGGCUAACGCCUGGCGAGUCUUUUCGUUUGCGACAAGUCUCUUAUCAACUCCAGCUUGAGGCCGGAUACCGCAUGCCAGGCAAGGCAGGGCUGACGGCCGAGAGAUUCGGUGAUUGUAGUGGAAUGGAGGAAUCGUAA